UACAUUUUCUGAACUUUGCUCUUAGGACAAAGAGAAAAACCUGUCUUUAUAUUCUCAGCUUUCUCUCUCUCUCUCUUCUUAACUCUUUAUUUUUUGAGUUUUAUCAACAAUGGCCGUUGGGGAAUCACAGUCACGGGUCGCUUCGCCAAUUAGGCUUGGCCCUGCUGUGUGUGAAAAAGACGCGAAGGCUCUUCAGUUCAUCGAUGAGAUGACAACGAACACCGACUCUGUCCAGGAGAGGGUUUUGGGAGAAAUACUGAGUCAGAACGCUGAGACUGAGUAUCUCAGGCGGUACCAACUCGAUGGAGUAACGGACCGUGACUCGUUCAAGUCGAAAAUCCCUGUUGUUAGCUAUGAGGAUCUUCAGCCUUAUAUCCAACGUAUCGCUAAUGGUGAUCGCUCCCCGAUCUUAUCCUCUCGUCCCAUCUCUGAGUUCCUCACCAGUUCUGGGACUUCGGCUGGUGAAAGAAAAUUGAUGCCGACGAUUUAUGAAGAGUGGGACCGUCGCUCGAAACUGUACAGCCUUCUCAUGCCGGUGAUGAACCUAUACGUCCCGGGCUUAGACAAAGGAAAGGGACUUUACUUCUUGUUCGUGAAAGCAGAAACAAAGACUCCAAGUGGGCUUUUGGCACGUCCCGUGCUCACCGGCUAUUACAAAAGUGACCAUUUCAAGACUAGGCCAUAUGAUCCCUAUACGGUUUACACCAGCCCAGACGAGGCCAUUCUUUGUGCCGACUCGUUUCAAAGCUUGUAUACUCAGAUGCUUUGUGGCCUCUUGAUGCGUGAGGAGGUCCUCCGACUCGGUGCCGUGUUCGCCUCGGGCCUACUCAGAGCCAUAAGGUUUCUACAGCUUAACUGGAAAGAACUUGCCCAUGACAUCUCAACCGGAACUUUAAACCCUAAAAUCACAGACCCUUCUCUCAAAGAGUGCAUGUCCAAAAUUGUGAAACCAAACCCAGAACUUGCUGAGUUCAUAACCAAAGAGUGUUCCGGGGAGAAUUGGGAAGGAAUAAUCACAAGAAUUUGGCCCAACACAAAAUAUCUGGACGUGAUUGUAACAGGUGCUAUGGCUCAGUACAGACCAACACUUGACUAUUAUAGUGCUGGAUUACCACAAUCUUGCACUAUGUACGCUUCUUCCGAGUGCUACUUUGGGCUUAACCUCAAGCCAAUGUGCAAACCUUCUGAAGUGUCCUACACCAUCAUGCCAAACAUGGGUUACUUUGAGUUUUUGCCACACGACCCGAACGCUCAGGCGUUUUCUCGUGACUCCCCUCCACGCCUUGUGGACCUUGCCGACGUAGAAGUUGGAAAAGAAUACGAGCUCAUAAUCACUACCUAUGCCGGACUCUGCCGCUACCGUGUGGGUGACAUCCUCCAAGUCACCGGGUUCCACAACUCGGCUCCUCAAUUCCGGUUCAUUAGAAGAAAGAACGUGUUGUUGAGCAUCGACUCGGACAAGACGGACGAGUCUGAAUUGCAAAAGGCCAUCGACAAUGCCUCAGAGCUCCUAAAAGAAUUCAACACUAGUGUGGUUGAGUACACAAGCUACGCAGACACUAAGUCAAUCCCAGGACAUUAUGUUAUUUACUGGGAGUUGCUAGUGAAGGACCCAGCCAAUUCACCGACUGAAGAGGUACUGAACCAAUGUUGUUUAGUCAUGGAAGAAUCAAUGAACUCGGUUUACAGACAAGGCCGAGUGGCGGACAACUCAAUUGGACCACUUGAGAUCAGGGUGGUUAAAAAUGGCACAUUUGAAGAGCUCAUGGACUAUGCAAUCUCUAGGGGUGCGUCUAUUAAUCAAUAUAAAGUACCAAGGUGUGUGAGUUUCAACCCCAUCAUGGAGCUCCUGGACUCACGAAAAGUCUCAGUGCAUUUUAGCCCUGCUUUGCCACAUUGGACCCCGCGAAGAAGUUGUUGAACAGCCAAAAAGUCCAUGCCUUGUUGAUGUAAUUUAGCUUUUAAAAGUGUCUCUUUGAAUUUGCAGGGUUUGUGUUCGUGUAAUAAGUUCAGAUCAUCUUCUGUGCGCAUGAUGUAAUUGUCUAAUGAUGUGUUUGUUAGUCCAGCGUAUCUUAUCGUUGUCUGUCUUUCUGUCUUUCUCUCAGCUUUGAUAAAGUUAAGGAAAAGACUUUGAAAAUGUGGGCCAUGAACAGCUGUCGUUUCAUAUCUUGAAUUUGGUGGCAAAAGUUGUAAAUUUGCUUAUAUUUUAAGGGUUGUAAUUUUGUAUUUA